CAACGGCCGAAAAAGUUCGUUAUCCAAUUUUGCAGCACGGACUCUCACUCAAGUUUCACUCCCCACAAAAAUCCUGACAGCCCCUCGUUCCUCAUCUCAUCAUUGCAUACCAACAAACAUCAACCCCCGCCCCCAUAACCGCCACUUGCUUCGAAACCAACCUUAGCUUCGCCCCGGUCCUUCUAGAAGAUUCCCGUUAUGACACUGAACUUGUGCUCUCCAUGCUUCUCUCGCCUCCUCCUUCAUCACUCUUCUUCUCCGCUCAACAAACUCCCCGAAACCUGUGCAAACCACAGCUCCAACACUCUUCUUCCAACUCUCGUCUUCUCCUCUUCUCCGUUUCUUCCCUUCACUUCCAACAACCUUUCCAGAGCUUCCCUCAGUGAAAGCCACAAUGAGAUUUCUCAGGAUGCCGGCCAGCUCGAUCACUACCAGCUCCUCCUCCGAGUCGCCGCCUCUGCCAAAGACGCCGAUGAUGCCUUGCUCAUGAUCGCACAGAACUCUUCAAGAAACGGAGGCGGCGUCGUUUCCGCCGACGAUUCUUCCACCAUCAUCUCCGCCGCGCUUCAGCGGAACAAUUCCGAGCUCGCGUUGUCCAUUUUCUACGCCAUGCGCUCAAGUCUCGAUUCAGUUGGCGGGAAUGGACCUUCUGUUGAGGGAUGGAAGUGGUCGAGGCCAAAUGCACAUGUAUAUACGAUCUUGAUUCAGGGUUUGGCGGCAUCUCUGAGGGUUUCUGAUGCCCUUAGGGUGCUCAAAUAUAUCUGUGAGGUUGGGGUAUCCCCUGGUGAGGAGGUCCGAUUUGGAAAGGUAGUGAGGUGUCCUAGUUGUCAGAUAGCUGUUGCAGUUGCACAGCCACAACAAGGAUCUCCUCCUGCCGAACGCAGCAUGGACAUUACAGCGUGGGAAAGGGGGUUAAGAUUCCUGAAAUUGAAGAAGCAAAGCAUUGUGCAAACCCCUUCUGGUAUGGCUCGCACCCACAGAUUUGCAACCGAGACGGUUGAUGUUCCAGCACAAGAAGGUGAAAGGGUAACAGUUGCGGUGGCAGCUCCAUUAAAUGUAUAUAGAAAGGUGGGGCCCUUUAAAUUUAGCCCAAGGGCCCCUGAUCUCUAUCCUGGCGAGGCUAUGUGCAUAACAAACCACAAAGAUGGGCGAGAAUCAAUUCUGUUAAGAGCCCCAACAAAAGAAGGAAAUUCAUCAUUACUUAAUCCCUCAGUCCUCUUUCCCCUUCUUGCUGUGUUUGCCACUGGUGAUGCUGCCUCUGGACUUAUUGACCCCGGCUUGCCCCAAGUCCUAUCAGUUGUUGCAGUUUCAUCGCUUGCUGUUGGAGCCACGUUAAAUUCCGUAGUUUUUCCACAGUUGAAGCAGCUUCCACAAGGGUCGGUUGAGGUUACUGCUAUCAAACAACGACUUCUAUCUCAGUAUGAUGUGAUUCUGUCACGCAUCAAAGACCUAAAAGAGGCUGCUGAAAAAGAGAUCUGGAUGUUAGCUCGAAUGUGCCAACUCGAGAACAAAAUUUCAGCUGUUGGAGAACCUUCUUAUCGGACUCGUAGAAGUAAAGUCAAAAGGGUGCGAGAGAGCCUGCAAAACUCCCUCAGGGGAAGGAUUGAAUUAAUUGAUAGCUAUGCCAGGAUUUCUUCAAUGAUUGAAAUUGAAGUGGAGAUGGAAACAGAUGUUCUUGCUGCUGAAACUGCUAGCAAUGCGGAUACUAUCACAGAACAGAUAGAGCAAAUUAUGGAGAUGGAAAAUCUGGAGGAGAGAUGGAAAAUAGAAGCAGAAGCCAAUGACGAGGCCGAAAGAAUCCUUAGUUCUCAACCUAUGCCUUCUGAGGACGUUUAAUUUCGUAUAUGCAACUGGCUCGUGCUGCUGCAUCAUCACUUGAGCUUAACUCCCCAGCUUAAUGGCCUAUUAUUCUUGACUGAGUAAUAGAGCAGCAAGGGUCAACUUUGUCUGGAGAAGGCUUGCAUUUUUUUUUUUGUCUUUUUCUUGUGAUCAUGUAUGCAAAAGGGUGUCAGUGUCAAUGUGGCAUCGGAUGCAAAUAUCUUUGUUGCCACUGGAAAGUGAAAACAUCCUUAGGGGUCCUAAAAACUACUGAAAAUGCUACGUCAGACAGGAAAAUUAUUAAUGAAAAUCAAUCAUGUCACUUGUUGCAUGAUUUCCUCCCGCAGAA